AUGGAUGAAAAUCCUCAAGAUAUACAGGAAACUCAAGAUAUACAGGAAACUCAAGAUAAUUUAUCAAGGAAACAGUUACUACAUCCAAACAAGUGGAAGCGUAACGCGCAAAAACUUUCUCGAGGAAGCAUAAAAUGCAAGCAAUACAUAUCGUCCGACCUAUCCAUUGCCAAAAUGUAUAGAAUGUACAAAUAUCAAGCUGCACCAGAAUUUGUGAACGUUAAAGCUUCAUAUUUUCGAAGGAUCCUUAAUACUUGUUUUAAUAUAGGAUUUGGAAGUCCUCGUACUGAUGUUUGCUCGACAUGCCUGCAAUAUCAAGAACAAAUUAAACACGAAAAGAACGAAGACAAAAGGAAAGAUACUAAUGAUUAA